UGCCCGGCGCUGCGCUGCCUGCGUGACGCCUGCCGCGACGCCCGCGCCCAGCUGCACACCCUGCCCUUCGGCACCCUGGCGCUGGGCGACACCGGCACCCUCGACCGCUUCUACAACGCAGACGUGGCCGUGGUGGAGCUGAGUGACUCCAGCUGCCAGCCCUCGCUCUUCUACCACUUGGGCGUCCGCGAGAGCUUCAACAUGACCCACAACGUGCUGCUGUGCGGGCACGCCGAGCUGCCCGCCCUGCAGGCCCUGCAGGAGGACAUCUGCCAGAAGAACUCGGACCUGUGCGGCACCUACACCUUCAUCCCCUACGUGGUGACGCCCCAGAACACGGUGCUCUGCUGCGAUGCCGGUGCCAUGAAGUGCCUGGCAGAGCUUUUCCAGCCCGGCUUCAGCGCAGAAGGCUUCUUCACCCCGCUGGCCGGCCGCCUGGCCAAGCUCCUCGAGGGGAUCCCCACCAACUCCUGCGGCUACUUUCGGGAGACGAUCCGGCGCGACAUCCGCCGGGCGCGGGAGCUGUACCGGGGCGAGCAGCUCAGCCGGGAGCUGGCCCGCAUCCAGCAGCGCCUGGACAGCGUGGAGCUGCUCAGCCUCGACAUCGUCAUCAGCCUCCUGCUGUCCUACCGCGACGUGCAGGACUACGAUGCCAUCGUCGCGCUGGUGGAGACGCUGCAGGCGCUGCCCACGUGCGACGUGGCCGAGCAGCACAACGUGCGCUUCCACUACGCCUUCGCGCUCAGCCGGCGCAACCGGCCCGGCGACCGGGAGAAGGCCCUAUCGGUGCUGCUGCCCGCGCUGGAGCGGCGCGAGGCGGCUGCGCCCGACCUGCUCUGCCUCUGCGGCCGCAUCUACAAGGACAUGUUCAUCAGCUCGGGCUUCCGCGACGCCGACACCAGGGACCGGGCUUUCCACUGGUACAGCAAAGCCUUCGAGGUGGAGCCGAGCCUGCACGCGGGCAUCAACGCCGCCGUGCUGCUGGUGGCAGCCGGGCACCGCUUCGAGAGCUCGCCGCAGUUCCGGCAGAUAGGCGUGAAGCUCAACUGCCUGCAGGGCCGCAAGGGCAGCCUGGAGAAGCUGCACCACUACUGGGACGUGGGCUUCUGCCUCGGCGCCGGCGUCCUGGCCAAUGACCUGCCCAAGGUCAUCCAGGCCGCCGAGAAGCUCUACAAGCUGAACGCGCCGGGCUGGUACCUGGUGUCCGUCAUGGAGACAUUCCUGCUCUACCAGCACUUCCAGCAGCGCCCGCAGGCGCCGUGCGCCCAUCAGGAGCUGGCCGACUUCUGGCUGGGCUUCCUCCUCGAGGGCUGCCGGCCGCCGGGCCCCUCGCCGCGCUGCCCGGUCUUGGUGCUGGCGCUCAGCAAGGUGCUGCAGCCGGCGCAGGUGUCGGUGCGGAGCGGCGCGGCGGAGCCGGCGGUGAUGCUCAGCCUCGUGCAGCCCCCGGACGAGACGGCCGCGUCGAGCUGGACCUUCGCGCCCGCUGCCAUCCGCGGCAUCAGCAUCUGCAAGCGCGACGAGCGCGGCUGCUUCCUCUACGUGACGCACGCCGCCGAGGAUUUCCAGCUCUACUUCCCGUCCCAGCAGCACUGCCGCUGGUUCUGCGACCUGGUGCAGUCCUUGCUGGCCGAGCAGGCGGCAGGCGCCGAGGAGCUGCCCAGUCCCACACAGCCCGUCCUGGAGUACAGCUAUGAGUACUCGGAGACGGGCGAGCGCGUCGUGCUGGGCCGGGGCACCUACGGGGUGGUCUACGCCGGGCGCUGCCUCAGCAACCAAGUGCGCAUCGCCAUCAAGGAGAUCCCGGAGCGCGACAGCCGCUUCUCGCAGCCCUUGCACGAGGAGAUCGCCUUGCACAAGCACCUGCGGCACAGGAACAUCGUGCAGUACCUGGGCUCCGUCAGCCAGGGCGGCUUCAUCAAGAUCUUCAUGGAGGAGGUGCCGGGAGGGAGCCUCUCAUCCCUGCUGCGCUCCAAGUGGGGCCCCCUCAAGGACAACGAACCCACCAUCAUCUUCUACACCCGCCAGAUCCUCGACGGGCUCAGUUACCUUCACGAUAACCACAUCGUGCACCGAGACAUCAAGGGAGACAACGUCCUCAUCAACACGUACAGCGGGGUGCUGAAGAUCUCUGACUUUGGCACCUCCAAACGGCUGGCGGGCAUCAGCCCCAGCGCCGAGACCUUCACAGGCACCCUGCAGUACAUGGCCCCCGAAAUCAUCGACCAAGGGCCGUGGGGCUACGGGAAGCCAGCAGAUAUCUGGUCGCUGGGUUGCACCAUCAUCGAGAUGGCCACAGGGAUGCCGCCUUUCUACGAGCUGGGCAGCCCCCAGGCCGCAAUGUUCAAGGUGGGCAUGUUCAAGAUGCACCCCGAGGUGCCCGAGUCCAUGUCAGACAAGGCCAAGACCUUCAUCCUCCGCUGCUUCGAGGCCGACCCAGCCAAGCGGGCGACAGCGGCCGCGUUGCUGCAGGAGCCUUUCCUGGCCCCGGCGGGCGCCAGGAGGAGCCGGGGCCAGGGCGGGCCGGCGGCGGGGGGCAGCGCGGCCGCCGCAGCGGGGGCCGUGCUCUGCGUGGGGCAGUGCCAGCUCUGCCCGUGCCCCAGGGCUCCGGAGGACGGGCCGGGCUCCGACCGCAGCGUGCGCUCGUCGUCCCCGGAGGAGAGCGGGGCGCUCUUCCUGCUGCGCAAGGACAGCAAGCGCCGCGCCACGCUGCAGCGCGUCCUCGCCGCCGAGGCGCCCGCCAUCGCCGCCGCGCUGCGCCAGGGCCAGGGCGCCGAGGGCCCGCGCCUGGCCACAGAGCACGUCCUGCAGCUGCUGAGCUGCCUGCGGGGCUACAUCCAGCGGCGCAGCCAGCAGCGGCUGCGCCGGGAGCUGCUGGCGCUGGGCGGCCGCCUGCGUGCGGCCGGGCUCGGCCUCCGCCACCUGCACGCGCCCCUCGGCAGCUUCCCGGCCGUGGUGAGGCAGGUCCUGCACCGGCACCGCGUCAAGCCCCACUGGAUGUUUGCGCUGGAUGAUGCCGUUAGCCACGCGGUGCAGGCAGCGUUCCGGGUGCUCGUGCAAGAGCUGGGGACAACGGCCAGCUGCCUGGGGGAAGAUGGCACUAAGGCCAUGGGUGACGAGGACAACCCUGUGCCACCAAGCCCCAGGACGCAUCCCCAGCAGGACAGCACCAACGUGGGGCCGAGCAGCAUGUCCAGCACCCAGAGCGGUGCCACGUCCUCUCCGCAGGGCUCCUCGGCACUGGUGGCCCAGCUCCGCCACCUCCGCCUGGAGACGGGCAGGCUGCGGCGGGAGCUGGCGGCCAAGGAGCACGAGUGGCAGAGGCUGCUGCAGCAGCUGCAGCGACACGGCUUCACCCUGCGCGCCCUGCUGCGCUGCGCCACGCGCGACGACCUGCUCGACACCGGCAUCAGGCGCGGGCCCGCGUGCCGCCUGUGGGCAGCCAUCCUGGAGCAUCGCCAGCGCCCCUGCCAGCAGGAGGCCGAGUGA